AUGGCCCAAGCAGUUGAACUUCAAGCACCCAACGGUCGUAAAUAUACGCAGCCAACGGGCCUUUUCAUCGACAAUGAGUUUGUUGCUGCGUCCAGCGGCAAAACUAUUGCAUCUGUCGACCCGGCAACUGAGACUGUCAUUACCGAAGUGCAGGCUGCAGAUGCUGCUGAUGUGGACAAGGCAGUAAGAGCGGCGGAUCGGGCUUUUCGCCGCGGCGCCUGGCCACGGACGAGUCCCACCGAUAGGGGCCUGCUACUGAACAAGCUCGCGGACCUGAUCGAGGAGAAUCGUGAAAUUCUAGCGACGAUUGAAGCUUGGGACAAUGGGAAAACGUACUCGGAAGCGUUGGAAGGCGACGUUCCGGAGAGCGUGAGCUCGUUCCGUUACUACGCAGGCUGGGCCGAUAAGGUGUUUGGGCAGACUAUCAGCACCACACGGUUCAAAUUUGCCUACACUAUUCGUCAGCCCAUUGGCGUCGUCGGCCAAAUUAUCCCCUGGAAUUACCCACUGUCUAUGGCAGCAUGGAAGCUGGGUCCAGCCCUGGCGUGCGGCAACACGGUUAUCCUCAAGGCCGCGGAGCAGACACCUCUGAGUGCCCUCUUUCUAGGCCGUCUCAUUAAGGAGUCUGGCUUCCCCCCUGGCGUGGUUAACAUCAUCAAUGGCCUGGGAGCUGAGGCAGGGGCCUCGCUCUCGGAGCAUCCCCUAGUAAGCAAGAUUGCAUUCACCGGAUCCACGGCAACAGCUACACAUGUCAUGAGCUCCGCCGCCAAAACGUUGAAGAAUGUUACACUCGAAACAGGCGGCAAGUCCCCGCUCAUGGUGUUUGACGACGCCGACCUCGAGCAGGCUGCUAGGUGGGCUCACCUUGGUAUAUUUUCCAAUCAGGGGCAGAUAUGCACUGCCACUUCCCGUAUCCUAGUGCAGGACACCAUCUACGAAAAGUUCAUGAAAAUCUUCCUACACACUGUUAAAGCGGUCAGCAAGGUGGGAAGUCAAUGGACCGAAGACACUUACCAGGGCCCCCAGAUCUCCAGGGUGCAAUACGACCGAAUCCUAAAAUACAUUGAAAUCGGCAAGGAGGACGGAGCGACUGUGGCCACCGGUGGCCAUCCCAUAAACGUUGCCGGGGAUGGAAAGGGCUUCUUCAUCGCCCCUACAGUCUUCACUAACGUGACACCAAACAUGAGGGUGUUCCGAGAAGAGAUAUUUGGACCCGUGGUCGUUGUUUCCGUAUUCAAGACUGAAGACGAGGCUCUUGAGCUCGCGAAUAACUCGGCCUAUGGCCUCGGGUCUGCAGUCUUCACUACCAACAUUGAACGGGCACAUAGGGUUGCCGAAAACGUUGAAGCUGGCAUGGUAUGGAUCAAUAGCAGCCAAGAUUCGGACAUUCGCAUUCCGUUCGGAGGAGUGAAGCAGAGCGGUAUUGGGAGGGAACUUGGAGAGGCCGGUCUGGAGGCUUAUUCUCAAAUCAAGGCUGUGCACGUGAAUAUGGGCAGCAAGAUUUGA